UUCACAUCGCAAUUCCGUUUCUCUCUAGAAGUGCAUAGUUUCCUACUCUCUCCCCCUCUUGCGUAUUCGAAGCUCAGCUAGUUUCUUCCUAUGAAACUUGUAAUUCCCACGGGAUACUGCACUAAAGCUCGGUCCCUCGGUCUCUUCCCGGCGAUCAAACCCGUGGGACCGAGAUACAGGUGGGCCCGCAUGGAGUCCACCAACCGUCAACAGUGGCGAAAGGACAAGGGAAAGAUGGUUGUCAUCAUGGGCGUAACCGGUUCGGGCAAAUCUCGCCUCUCCAUCGACCUUGCUACUCGAUUCCCCGCCGAGGUCAUCAACUCCGACAAAAUGCAAGUCUACAAAGGUCUCGACAUUACCACCAACAAGAUGCCAAUGCACGAGCGUCUCGGCGUUCCCCACCACCUCCUCGGGGUGGUCGACUCGUCCUAUGGGGAGUUCUCGCCUUCCGACUAUCGCCUAUUCGGCGCCUCUGUCAUAUCUUCUAUCUGUGCUCGCCGCCGAUUACCCCUAGUUGUGGGUGGCUCGAAUUCGUUCAUUUACGCACUACUCUCGGAUCGAUUCAAUCCAGAUUCAGAUGGAUUAAACUCGGUCUCCGCCGAUUUACGUUACAACUGCUGCUUUCUUUGGGUGGAUGUGUCAUUAACAGUUCUAUACGAGUACCUGUCCCAGCGGGUGGACGACAUGCUCGCCGCAGGUAUGGUUGAGGAGUUAGCCGAGUUUUACGAUCCGGAGGCGGAGUCAGACCCAAAGCGCGACCAGGUGGGGAUAAGGAAGGCAAUCGGCGUACCGGAGUUCGACAGAUAUUUUCGGAAGUUCCCGCCGGGAGGACAUUUUAGAAGCACGGACAUCGAGAGAGAUGGGGCUAGGCGGGAGCUUUUCGAGGAGGCGGUAAAAGCAAUCAAGGACAACACAAAUCAGCUAGCGAAGAGACAGUUGAAAAAGAUCAUGCGGCUGAGAUCGGCCGGGUGGGACUUACGGCGGUUAGACGCCACGGAGGCGUUCCGGGCGGUAUUAGCGUCAGAUACCGGCAAGUCGUCAGAAAUUUGGGAGGAGGAGUUAUUGGGACCGAGCGUGAAGAUCGUGAAUCGCUUCUUGGAGGAGUAGUUUUCCUUCCCCAACUUCUUCCCCACUCUUCAAACUUGAUUUCUUGCGCUUCCUUUCUCUCUCCACCCUAACCCAACCCACUAUUUUUUCAUUUUUCGUUUUUUUCUUUUGUUAAUUUUCAUCCUACUCAGCUGUCAGAAUCAUCAGCCCUUUCCUCCUGAGUCCUGGCCGCCACACCACCCCAAAAGCCACUUGGCCCUCCCAAAUGGGAGUCCGGAUCUGCUCCUCACAAUGGGGCGCCUCAGACCGUCCUCACAUCGGCUGGUUGAGCCACGCGUCCUGGGUUCGUGUGAGAGCAAAACACGAGCGGAGGGUUGCAUUUGGCGCCCAAAACAUUCAUACCCUUCUUCGUCUAAAGCUUCGAUGUUCAAAUAGUACUUUAAUCCCGACAUCAUUUGUCUCUCUUCUCAUAACCUCUCUAAGAACACUAGAUAGACAUUGUCUCUGAUUCGCUCUUCUUUUUUUGACUUCUGUUAAAUUCCUUCACAUCUUAGAUUUCAAUUCUUCCUCCAACCUUUCUUUCAAACCCAAUAGCUACCGUCAAAAACAACACAAACCCACAAACAACAACGCCUACAACAAAGCUGGAAGGUCUUUACAUCCACGGUGCCAACAUGACUGAGAGAAAUAGCUUAAUAAUCGAGAGAAAAAGCAAUACGGAAGAGAAGACACUGUAUUGGGUUAAGUGGGUUGCCUGAAAUCUCAAUUCUUAUAUGAAUGUGUGCUUUGGUGUGGCUACAUAGAAGUGCAACAGGAUAGGUGUGCUGCGUCUUUGAAAGGUGAUGGGUAAUAAAGUUUCUACUUCUUAAUAUCAGGACUAAAGUCCUCCCUCCCUCCGUCCGUCCCUCCACUGGUUGCAAUCAUAUUUUCGGCGGUCAUUUGCGAGAUGAGAUUCUGGAAAUAGUAGUCAAUGGGAGUACUCUAUAGUUGAAAAAGAGAAAAACAAAAAACCCCAACGUGAGAGAGAUUUCUCAACUGCCUUUUAUUCUUAGGAUUUUGGGAGAGAUUUACGUAGAUUUGAUUCGUCGGUGUCUAUUCUCGCCGGUGAGACUAAUUCCUGCCGGAGAGAUGAGAGGUUUGGGUCAUGACCUGAAGAAAAAAAGGGUUUGAAUCCUUCGUGAAGAGAAAAGAACAGGGGUGAGAGAUUUGGACAGGUAAAAAAAGAAAAUAAAAAACAGAACCGCACGAGUCUCGUCUCAUUGGUGACCGCCGGAGAUGUGAUUGCAACCGGUGGAGGGAGGGACGAGGGCUUUCAGUCUUUACCUGAACAGAGCAGAUGCGAGAUGCGGGGGUGAAUGUGAUUGCUACAGUUAAUGACGCAUGCUCCCCCCUCCGCUCGUGUUUUGCUCCCACACGACCCCGGAGAUGCGUGGCGCAACCAACUCUUGUGAGGACGGUUUGAGGCGCUCCGUUGUGAGGAGCAGAUCCAGACUUUCCAAAUGGACCUUUGGCUUCGGUCCAGUUUAGAUCCGGUUCAAUCCGCAUGCCAAAACCAAACCAGAUAAUUUCCUUUAGGCUGCGUUUGUUUGCGAUACAAAUGCUGAACGGGGGUA